UUUAAGAAUUUCCCCUGGCUUUUGCUCACUUUCUUUUCUAGAAACAGUACUUGCAGCCACACCCCCUGGAUCUAAUUUCUAAAACUUUAAGAAAAGAGAUGCCUCGCCCGUGAGUACUGUCCAGGAGGAGAACUGUUUGACUACAUUAUUGAAAGAGACCGUCUAAGUGAAAAAGAAGCACGAUACUUUUUUCGACAGAUCAUUUCAGCAGUAGCUUUCAUUCAUGAGAAAGGAUAUGCGCACCGAGAUUUGAAGCCUGAGAAUCUGUUAUUAGAUGGUGAACAGACUUUGAAACUGAUUGAUUUUGGUCUUUGUGCUAAACCAAAGGCAGGAAUGCAGCAACAGCUAGAUACUUGCUGUGGAAGCCCUGCAUAUGCUGCACCAGAGUUAAUACUGGGAGCUAAUUACAAUGGAAAUAAGGUUGAUAUUUGGAGCAUGGGAGUUUUGCUUUAUGCUCUCUUGUGCGGUUUUCUUCCUUUUGAUGAUGAAAAUGUGUCAAAGUUGUAUAAAAAAAUUCAUAAAGGGAAGUAUUUUUGCCCUUUAUGGCUUUCAGAUGAAAGCAAAGCCAUUUUAUCCGCCAUGUUACAAGUUGAUCCAUCAAAGAGGAUAUCCAUUGAAGGUUUGAAAGUUCAUCCGUGGGUCCUUAAAGGUUAUGAUGUUCCAGUAGAUUGGAAUGUAUCAAAGCAGGAAACAGAAUUUGAUCCUGAGUGUAUUGCUGAAAUGGCUGUUUACUACAAAAGAUCAAUGAGAUCUAUUGAAUUUUCUCUAAAUCAGAUGACUGUUGUAGAAUUAACUUCAGUUAUACUUGCUAGAAUGUCCCUGGUAAUAUAG